AUAGCACGGCUGGGGUCGAAAAAACACAAACACAAGAAACUUGGGCGCCUCAUUCGUACGAAAACGACUCGCGAGUUAUGUGAUGUUGGGACAGAAAGAGAUAUUCAGGACUCCAGCUUGAUGAGUUUUUGUUGCCCGUCUGGAGUGUUUACUAGUUCGAGGCCUGUUGGAAGCAGGUUUCUAUUCUUCCAACAAUGAAGUUUCCACUACAUAGUGAAAAAGUCCUUCAGCAGUUUAACAAGCAAAGGCAGAAUGGGCAGCUGUGUGAUUGCACUUUUGUGGUGGAUGGCAUUGUCUUCAAGGCCCAUAAGGCAGUACUGGCAGCAUGCAGCCAAUAUUUCAGAAUGCUGUUUUUGGACCACAAGGAAGUUGUCGAUUUAGACAUCAGCAGUGCAACAGGCCUCGGCGUUGUUCUAGACUUCAUGUAUACAUCCAAGCUGGACCUGACGGCUGAAAAUGUGGAGUGUGUGCAGGUUGUUGCUAGUUUUCUGCAAAUGGAAGAAAUUGUGAUGUCCUGCAAAGUGUUCAGACCCUCAUCUACUAAAGAUGAACAAAUUAAGCAGCCAGUUAAUUCACAGGUGAAAGAAGUACAGCGAAGCAGUCCUGUGCCUCAGACUACUCCAGCUGCCCCUUUACCCACAACAAAUAAAAAAAUUGAGACAACAAAGCCAGCUGUAGAGAUGACUCCAAUGUUUGUUGCACAGCCACCACCUGGACUCCUGGUUAAACAAGACUCGUGGGACCACCCAGAAGGAGAGAUGGAAAUAGAACUAGGUGAUAGUGAGGAUGAUAAUACAGAAGAGGAGGAAGUGGGAGAAGGAGAGGGAGAGGAUGAGGAUGAGGACGAGGAUGUCAACGAUGAUGAUGAUGAUGACGACGAUGAUGAAGAGGAAGAUGCUGAUGACGCCGAUGAUACAUUUAUAGAUGAUGAAAAUGAUGAUGAUUAUGUUCCAGGUCAUAACUUAAAUAGUCUAGAUGGAAACGGGCACAGAAUGAGGACACGGAGUGCUAAACAGCAGCGGAAAGGACAAUCUGUACGAGGAGAUCCAUCGUUGAAAAUGGAGAGAGGCAUCCAAGAGAUUGACUCUGAAACUGAAAUGGAGUUGGAUAAAGGAUCAAUCAAACGUAAGCUGGAAAAUGAUUUUGAGGAUUCCAUGUCAGACGAUUCUGUAAAGUUACUUCCCAACGAGAUAUCGUACACACAGCGCAAGGCAUUGCACAGUUAUACCUACAGUCCUCCACCUCCAAAACGUAGGUCAAAAUUAUCAAUGGAAAUAAAGCUACAAGUGUUGGAGAUGGUUGAAAAUGGAGUCGCCAAUAUGAAAAUUUCAGAGCGUCUGCACAUCAGCCUAACUAGUAUUAAAAGGAUCAGGAAAAUGAAAGAUUUCAUCUUGGAGACCCGAAACCGCUUGCUCCAGCCUGACUGACUGUGAGGAAAGAAACAACCUGGCAGGUUCAGUUUUAGUAGAGUGUGGACUAAUCCGCUUGCAACUUUGUCCCAGUCUAAAUGUGUUUAGAUGGACAAUAUGCCUACACCGAUUUACUAACCCACCACCACUACCACACUUUGGGUGAACUUUUUAAUGACUGUGAUCUAAGUAGAGUCUGCCACAUGACGCCCUAUGGAAUGUUGUCAAGUGGACAGUGUUACUCUAACUGUGAGAUAUCUGCCGCUACAGCUGUGUCUUUCCUUGACUGCAGGUGUUUUGUUUUAGGAUCAAUACAAAAUAGAUUGUAAUUGCUGCUGUUGUCUUCAAGCCUUAGUAUAUGUGUCUCUGAGAAUAUACAAUGUGAAGGUUUCUUAUCUACCUCUUAAAGACCUGCAGCGUUUCAUUGGCAGUGUGCUUCCCUUCUAAAGGAAAAAAGAAAAAUCACAAAUGUCCAAACACACCUCGGUGAUUUUUAAAAAAAAAAAAUUUUUGGUUUUAGGACUCUGAUCAGUAUUUGGUUCUAAACGGCAGCAGAGUUCACAGUGCUAUAAUCACUUUAUCCCGACAAAAACUUUCCUGUUGGUGAAAAAAGAUACAACAGUUUGUGUCAGGGGGGCAGAAAGUGUUUGUUACAUUAUGGAGCCUGUUUUCCUCCAACUGUUACUUGAUUUUAUUUUUUUUAUUUUAUUUUUUUUUUUAUUGUGGUCAUCUUUAUGACUGAGUGACUUCUGCAUCAGUUUUGUGUAUUAUAAAAAAAACUUUUUAUUAAAAAA